AUGGUCUGGGAGAGGUUAGAGGAGUGUUAUGGAUCUGCGGAGGCAAUGGAGACUGCUCUCUUUAACAAGCUUGAAUAUUUUCCCAAGGUCUCUCAAAGAGACUCACAACGCCUGAGAGAGUUAGGUGACCUGCUCCUUGAAGUGGAAGCAGCCAAAGAGGAGGGUUACUUACCAGCACUGUCCUACCUAGAUACAGCACGUGGCAUUCACCCUAUCGUGGAGAAACUACCAUUCAGCCUUCAGGAAAAAUGGAUGGUACAUGGGACAAGGUACAAACAACAAAACCACAUAACCUUCCCACCGUUUUCUGUCUUCUCUAGCUUCAUUCGUGAAGAGGCGAGGAUGAGGAACGACCCAAGUUUCGUCACCGCAAACUCAAGCAUCCCGCCACAUAAGGGAGAGAGAUUCCAGGGAGAGAGAUUCCCUCUGAAAUCUUUAAGAACACCUGUAGUUGUACACAGAACAGAAGUGGAGAAUACUCAAGAGAAAGUUGAAGCCAACGGAUUAGACAACCUUAAGAAGGAAUGUCCUAUUCAUAAGAAGCCCCACCCCCUGCAGAGGUGCAGAGUCUUCAGAGCGAAGCCCCUGGAGGAACGAAAAACCUUCCUUAGAGAAAACGGGAUAUGUUUUCGUUGCUGUUCCUCAAUUUCGCACCAAGCAAGGGACUGCAAAGCAGUUAUACAGUGUUCUGAGUGCAGCAGUGAGAAGCACAUUGCAGCUCUUCACGCCGGCCCAGCACCCUGGUCAACUAAACCACAGCUUAACCCCUCUGAACAGCAUGGCGGGGAGGCAGAGGAAGCUCAUUCUUCUCUAAUCACUACGUCAACCUGCACAGAGGUCUGUGGAGGCAGCACAAUAGGGAAGUCUUGUUCCAAAAUCUGCCUAGCUUACGUAUACCCAAAGGGUCAGCCAGAGAGGAAAACCAAGGUAUAUGCCAUUCUAGACGACCAAAGCAACAGGUCUUUGGCCAGAUCAGCCUUUUUUAAGAUGUUUGACAUAGUUGAUGACACCUCCCCUUACACACUCAGAACGUGUGCAGGUGUGUCAGAGACUGCAGGCCGGAGAGCAAGGGGUUUCAUUGUAGAAUCUGCAGAUGAAAGGACCAGUCUUACCCUCCCCACACUCAUCGAGUGUGACCAGCUACCUGAUAAUAGGGCUGAAAUCCCCACUCCAGGAGCUGCUAGGUACCAUUCUCACCUGAAGUCCCUAGCUACUGAGAUACCCCCUCUUGACCCCAAGGCCAAUAUUUUGCUUCUCUUAGGAAGGGAUAUAAUUCAGGUGCACAAGGUUCACGAACAACGAAAUGGGCCUCUCUUAGCUCCCUUUGCACAACGGUUAGCUCUCGGUUGGGUGAUAGUAGGAGAGGUCUGCCUUGAUGGUGCGCACAAACCUUCAUCUGUGAACACCUUCAGAACAAACAUUCUUGAGAAUGGACGCCCAAGCCUGAUGAGUCCUUGCCCAAACAAAAUCAGAGUCAAGGAGGGCUUCAGUCACAACCACCAGUCUCAGAAUUCCUUUAUCACCCAGGAAGAAAAUGGGGCCCCUCUGACAGACUUAAUGGGUCUUGUGGGAGAGUCUGUAUUCUGCUCCACAAAGGAUGAUGACAAGACUGCGCCUUCUAUGGAGGAUCUUGCCUUUCUGAGAAUUAUGGAUAGUGAAUGCCAUCAGGAUGAAUCCAAUAGCUGGGUCGCUCCACUUCCUUUUCGGAGUCCACGACAACGCCUUCCUAACAAUCUCGAACAGGCAAGGAAUCGCCUCACUUCACUGACCCGCACAUUGAGGAAACAUACAGAGAGGAAGGAACAUUACAUUCAAUUCAUGAAUAAGAUCUUUAAGAAUGGACAUGCAGAAGUUGCUCCACCCUUACAACCAGAAGAAGAGUGCUGGUACCUACCUCACUUUGGAAUAUACCAUCCACAGAAACCUGGUCAAAUAAGGGUGGUAUUUGACUCCAGUGCCCAACAUUGUGGCAUGUCCCUUAAUGAUGUCCUCCUCACUGGCCCUAACAUGAACAACAGUCUGCUUGGGGUAUUACUGCGAUUCAGGAAGGAGCAGGUCGCCGUCACGACUGACAUAGAGCAGAUGUUUCAUUGCUUUGUGGUUUGUCAGGAUCAUCGCAACUUUCUUCGCUUCCUCUGGUACCGCAACAACGACCUGGAUGGUGAAGUAGUGGAGUACAGAAUGCGGGUUCACAUCUUCGGUAACAGCCCAUCUCCAUCAGUUGCCACGUACGGGCUCAGAAGAGCUGCCAUAGAGAGAGAGAGAGAAUACGGAGCACGGGCAAGACAGUUCGUCGAACGGAACUUUUAUGUGGAUGACGGACUGGUGUCCCUUCCCAGUGAGCAAGAAGCCAUCACCCUUCUUCGAGACACUCAAGAAAUGUUGGCUCUCUCCAAUCUUCGUCUUCAUAAAAUAUCUUCCAACAGGGUAGAUGUGAUGAAGGCUUUUCCUCAAGAAGAUCUGGCGAAGGGGCUGAAAGACCUUGAUCUCAAUACAGACCCACCUCCUAUGCAAAGAAGUCUCGGAGUUAGCUGGGAUGUUGCAGGAGAUGUGUUUACCUUUCAAGUGUCGACGGAAGAGAAGCCCUACACAAAACGUGGGGUUCUGUCGACCAUCAACAGUUUGUUCGAUCCGCUGGGAUUUGCUUCUCCUGUCAGUAUUCAGGGAAGGUUUCUACUGAGGGAGCUGACUACAGAACCAUGUGACUGGGACACCCCUCUUUCAGAAGAUAAAUUUCAAGACUGGAAACUGUGGAGGGACUCUCUGAAGGAGAUCGAACAGAUAAAAAUCCCUCGGCAGUACACCACCAUAUCCCUAAGCCAAGCUCAAAGCAAAGAGCUAUGUGUUUUCUGUGAUGCCUCCAUAACUGCAGUCGCUGCCGUAGCCUACUUGCGAGCAACCAAUGCAAAGGGGAAGACAGAGGUUGGCUUUGUGUUUGGCAAGGCCAAACUGGCUCCACGUCCUGAGUUAACCAUCCCAAGGCUUGAGCUGUGUGCUGCUGUUUUAGCAGUAGAAAUAGCAGAAGCAGUGGUGGAUGAGCUGGACGUCAAAUUCAAUGCCAUUACAUUCUACUCUGACAGUAGAGUGGUUUUGGGUUACAUCCACAAUGAGACGAGACGAUUUUAUGUGUAUGUACAUAACAGAGUACAACGCAUAAGGAGAACCACCAGUCCAGAGCAAUGGAAAUAUGUCCCAACUAACCAGAACCCGGCUGAUCAUGGCUCAAGAGCGGUUGCAGCAGGGACUCUGCUACAAACAACAUGGUUGUCAGGACCUGCAUUCCUGUUGAAAGGAACUGAACUGGAAACUUCCCCUCCAUCCUUUGACUUGGUUGAACCUAGCUCUGAUGUUGACAUCCGCCCACAGAUUACAUGUCUUACCACAGAGGCUGCCACAGAUGGUCUGGACAUCAAGCGCUUUGAGAGAUUCUCCAGCUGGCGAUCACUCACUCGUGCAAUUGCAAGGCUUCAGCAUGUUGCCAGUUCCUUCAAGAAAGACAGCAACUGUAAAGGAUGGCACAUUCAUGAAGGGCCCUGUCCAAAGGAAGAUUUGGACAAAGCGAAGACCAUCAUCGUUGGUAGUCUGCAACAAAUCGCUUUUACAGAAGAACUGGAAUGUGUUAAGAAAGGAAUGGAUAUUCGUAAACAAAGCCCACUGUACAACCUGUGUCCUUAUAUUGACAGUCCUGGCCUUCUCAGGAUUGGCGGACGCCUUUCCAAUGCUCGCCUUUGUGAAGAUGAGAUUUGUCCUCUGAUUCUCCCUGGACAGAACCACAUCACAACUUUAUUAAUCCAACACUAUCAUGAACAGGUCCACCAUCAAGGGCGUCAUAUCACUGAGGGUGCCUUAAGAGCUGCUGGUCUGUGGAUUAUUGGAGGGAAACGCCGUGUCAGUAGCAUUCUGCAUCAUUGCGUUACAUGCAGAAGACUUAGAGGGGCUGUAGAGACUCAGAAAAUGUCCGAUCUACCUGUUGACCGACUCAGUACCGACCCACCUUUCUCCUUUGUUGGUCUGGAUGUCUUUGGACCUUGGAUGGUUGUGGCACGGCGGACUAGAGGAGGAGUGGCCAGCAACAAACGGUGGGCAGUGCUUUUUACAUGUAUGAGCACAAGAGCCAUACAUAUUGAAGUCAUAGAGUCUAUGGACUCCUCAAGCUUCAUAAAUGCUCUGCGACGGUUCUUCUCCAUCAGAGGACCAGCCAAGCAGAUACGAUCUGACUGUGGAGGAAAUUUUGUUGGUGCUUGCAAAGAGCUGCAGAUAGAAACAGUAGUCACCAACAAAGAAACACAGGGAUAUUUAAGCGACAGCGGAUGUAAAUGGGUCUUCAAUCCACCACACUCAUCACAUAUGGGAGGCAGUUGGGAGCGUCUUAUUGGGCUCACAAGACGCAUCCUGGACUCCAUGCUGUUAAAACUUGGCCCGUCAAAGCUUACCCAUGAAGUCUUGACUACAUUCAUGGCAGAAGUAUCGGCUAUAGUGAAUGCUCGCCCUUUGGUCCCUGUAUCCACUGAUCCAGACAACCCACUUAUCCUGACACCGGCAACACUCCUGACUCAAAAGAUCAGUGCACUUCCUCCCCCAAAAGGAGAGUUUGAUGGCGACAAUCUCUAUGGCAAGCAGUGGAGGCAAGUCCAAGGUCUGGCCAACACCUUUUGGCAUCGCUGGAGGACAGAGUACCUACCCUCUCUGCAAAAACGGAGAAAAUGGCAAAAGGAAAUACAUAAUCUUCAAGCUGGAGACAUUGUAAUACUCAAAGACAAGCAGGUAAAACGAAACUAUUGGCCCCUUGGUAUUGUGGUCAAGACAUUCCCCAGCGCAGAUGGCAAGGUGAGGAAGGUCGAAAUCAAGACAGCAAACGAUGGUUCAUUCAAGACCUUUCUACGCCCUGUCUCAGAGACUGUUCUACUCCUCUCCCCAGAGACAUUGUAGUUGGUUUGUAUUAGUGUGCAUUGUACAGUUGUGGUGGCAUCUUUUUAGAUACCAGGCGGGGAGUGUUCUGGCCUAAGUAAGGAGCUGUAGGUCACCUUGCAGCCACUAGGGAGUGCUACAUUUGUUGUUGAGUUUUUUGGACCUCAUGGCGCUCUGUAGGAGGCCAUUUUGGGUUUCUCAUUCAUUGAUAAGAGCAUGUUGUGGACACUUGCCUUAUGAAGGAUCUAAAUCCAUCCUGGACUAGGAAGGAAUCGUAUAAUCAUUGUCUGUGAGUAAAGUGUGAUUAAGAUGUUUCUUUUCACGACCAUGCUUUCAUUUUACGCAGAUGGCUAUGUUAGACCAUGAUUUUUGUGUUCUGCAGUAUACCUUGUUCGCUAGGUGAUAGUUUUCGGUCAGAUAUAUUUUCAGUCACAUACUGUUAAUUUGAUUGACAUUAACAAGCAUGUUAUACUACACAGAUAUGUUUAUUGAUCGUGUAUCAUAACUGAUUGUUUCUUUUUACUUUAUUACAGUUUUACUCCAUUUUGCAUUCUGUCAAUGAAUAACGGUGGCACACAAAUAAAUCAACAUUUAUUGACUACG